AUGCCUCACUCAGACGGUGGUUCGUCUUCAUCUCCCUUUCUCCUUGCUCUUUACCUAUCUGGUAUGGCUCUAGGUACCACAUUGUCGAGCAGGAUUUGUGGGGGUCACUGGGUGGAGCCAGAGGUCGUGCCUGACCUUUCCUUUAUGAGGCGUCAGAGACCUAGGUAUGCAGAGCCUGAUUUUUCAGAUCCUACUCUUGAUGACGCGAUGCGGGGUCUUUCCGAUGCAUGGGAGGAGUGUCAUCGAAUUAUGGCUUCACUUGUCGCGGUGAUGCGUCAUUUGGGGAUGGACCAUUCGCCCUUUCCUAGUGCGAACUCGUUGUACCACCUCCUUCUCAGCCACACAACAUUGGUUAUGAUGGUUCCCGUCCUUCAGGCAUGA